AUGGGUCAUGCCGGGAAAUGGGUGCUCAGAAGUGGUGGGAUAGUGUGUUUUUCUGUUGUGGAGGGAGGCGUUCGCUUCAACUGGGUCACGCCAGAUGGCUGCGGCACCUUCACGACCGACCCCAACAAGAUGCAAGUUCUGCCGAGAAGAAUGGAAAAUUCGCAGAACACGUGUGACGUGUGCGGGCACGCGUGUACGCAAGUGCUCUACGAGUUCCGCUGCUACCCAAAGCUGGACAACUUGACAGAGCAAGACCUGUGGCUGACAGGGAAGUGCAUCUUUCUUGAGCGCCACACGGGAGUUCGCAUGCUGGAUCCCUUCGUGGCCUACAUCGGCAAGACCUGUGGGCAAGGGCUGCUCGGGUGCAGGACCAGCACCUCAGUGAUCCGGGAAUGGAUCCGAAGAGACUUGUUGAGCAAAGCCUUGGAGGAAGCGGAGCAACUCAUCCUGGCGCUGGAGCAGGCCGAAAGGCUGGCCACCAUGAACGAGCUGCGCAAGCAGGCUGGCUUCGAAGGCUCCGGCAAGAUGCAGCGGAAGGCAAGCCUGCCGCGACCGUUGGGUGCGCCAGGGGAGGUGAUGGUUGGGCUUCGAGACAAGGAGGACCUGCAGAUCUCAGUGGAUCCGCCACCUGGGACGUCCUUGCAGGAUCACGUGCUGAAGAUGCUGUUGGGGAUCACCUGGCCCGAUUGCGUGAGCCGUGGGAAUGUCAUUCCCGAUGGGCAGCCGUCGAUCAAGGCCUUUUGCCUGGGCGCCACACAGCCGCGCUUCCGGCGUGAGCUGAGCCUGGCGGUGAGCUCCAGGAGGAUGCCGCGCCUCACUGCUUUGAUUUGCACACUAGCGCGGAGAGAGAUCCCAGAAGAAGGCUUCCCUUGGACAAGUGUGCAGGCCAACAAAGAUUACGCUGCACGAUUCCAUCGGGACAAGAACAAUCUCGGUCCGAGUUGGAUCAUGGCGCUUGGUGACUACAGCGAUGGCGGCGAGUUGUUCAUCGCGGACGAGGGCCAGUUUGACGAGGAGGAAGGUGGUAUCGACCACGAAAUCACCCUCGGUGAGAAGGUUCCCAGUGGCUACGUUCCCGGCCAGGUGGUCAAAGGGAAGCUGUUCGACAUCCGGAACCGAUGGCAGCGCUUCGAUGGCCGCCACGGGCACAUGGCCAUGCCCUUCCUCUCUGGGACGCGGAUCAGCCUGGUCUUCUUCACCCGCCGAGAGGCAUUCGACCGCAUGCCAGAGGAGUUGGCUGAGGUGCUAGCAGGAAUGGGCUUCCGCAUGCCAGACAACAAGUGGUUUGAUGAGACCCGCGAGCCAGCCCAAAGCCGGCCACUGAAGCAGCUUCGCAGGCCGGAGCCGGAGCCGGCUCCAGAGCCUGACACCUCCGAUGACGAAGCGGAAGACGGCAGCGAGGCUUUGGAAGGUCAACCAAUCAAGGACUUGGAACGCUUCGCCAGUGAGAUGAAGGUGGACUGGAGGUCGCUGAAGUUGAGCGUUGGGGUGGUCAGCUGCAACGCAGGUCUUGCUGCAGCCAUGGCCGUGCAGCAGCUGCUACCAGCGGGCACAAGCAAGGCCUCGGUGGUGGAGGACUCCGACGCCAUGAUGCGAUGGGCCAAGAACUUCAAAGCGACGCAGGGCUUUAAGGACUACAAAGUCCUGGAGCAAGGCAAGGCCAUUUGCCACGUGCAGUUUCUCUCAGACUCCUUCUCAUCUCAGUUCAAAGAGCCAUUCGAGUGCCCCGUGUGUUCUGUUUGCCCUGAAGUGUCAGAAGUACUGCAGCUGCCUGGCCCUCUGGAUCAGAAGAGUGUCUUGUUGGGGGUGUUGAUAGGGCUGGCCAUCGGUCCCACCAUUGAGUUUUUGUACCUGUUGCGUCAGACUUGGCGCAUCUGGGUGCAAACUCGACUGGUGGAAUCAUUGAGGAGGGAGCUGGCAUCUCUUCGUGCCUUGGUGGGUGAGCUGAAACUGCGACUGGAAACCUUGGAAGCUCAGUCUGAGUUUUCUGUGGUGGGCAACACUCCUCCUUCCUCGCCAGGAACUCGACUGGCACCUGAGGCCUCGCCGGCUGGCGUCACUGCUUCGAGUCUGGGGCCUGACAGGGUUGCCGCUGCGCAGAGCAUCGGCGCUUGGCUGAAACGUUGCCUGGCAGGGCAGCGUCGAGGCCUGUCGGGACGUGAAAAGAUCCAGCAAGCCAGCGAGAACGGGUCCAGCGCACCUGAGGAGCUGGAUCUGGAUGCGGCAUUGCUUGCCUCAGGCGAGGGCGAAGAGUUUGAUAGAGAAUUUCAAGUUUUGGUUUUGAAGGCCGAAGAGCCCUCUCAAUCCACAGAAUGCAUUUUGAUCUCUCGAGUGGACGGGAAGCUUCUCCUGGCAGUGCCCGAAGCGGCAUGGCACAAGAAGAAGAAAGAUCGCUCCAUGCCUCCCUCAGCCCUGCAGAAGGUUGUGAAAGCCACGGUCGCUUGCUGCGUGGGGGGGGACCGCAACUCUCCGGAGGGCGAACCUACUCUGAAGAUUUGGCUGGGACUCCUGCAGCCUGCCUGGGAAACACAAUUGGCUGUGGAGGGAGACCCCACAGUGGUCUUUCCGCCAGAUGGGAACGGGGUGCCAAAGGUUCCAUUUGCAGAUGCUCUCAUUGCAGUUGCUCGCGACCACUUCACCUUCCUCACUGCGGGCGAGGAAGACCAGCAGCCGGGGGAUGUCGAGACGCGCAUGGGCAAGAUCGAGGAGACUUUGCAGAGGAUCCUGGCUCAGCUGCCUGCUCCAAAAGGGCCUGCGCCGACGGCUGCCCCAUUGGCACCGGCGGCAAAGUCAAAGGCGGGUGUGCCGGGGAAGAAGCCUUCGGCCUCUCCAGCCCCUGCAGCGGGCCUGGAUCCUACUAUGAUGCAACAGGCCUUGCAAGCGGGUGUCAGCCCGGAAGCGCUGGGCGAAGUGAUGUCACUGGUGGGCAGCCGGCCGCCCGGCAAGAUUGCACCUCAAGCUGUUCAAGAUGCGGUGGAGCUGACGUCGGACGAAGACGGUCCGGAGCCUGUCUUGCCGCCAGGCGCAUCUGGCUCUGCCGACCCUCUAGGGCACGCUGUGCUGCAGCUCUCAAAGAUUGUGACCUACAUGCAUGCCGAGAAGAAGCAGAAGAAAGACCGCAGUCUGGAGGCGAUUUUAGACCGGGCCGAAAGUGGUGCUCCAAAGGAUUCUUCCAGCAGUGGCUCUUCCAGAUCGCAUGCGGCCGCUUUGCGCUCUCUGCAGCGUCUUUUGGUCGACAACCCGAAGUUGAUCUACCAGGAGAUCGAGCGGCUGAUGGCGGAAGACUGGGAGCAAGGCAGCAGUUUACCAGGUGUCAGUCACUUGCCAACAACAGCCAGAGGCUGGCUGGAGCAUCGGAGCAAGAUCGGGGCCUUUGCAGGGGCCAUCCGGCCCUCGUGGAUCAUGGCGGGGGCCUGGGACGACCUCCGGGCCGGUCACAUCGACCGUGCCCGGGCACGCCUAGCCCUGGGAGUUGCAGCCUACGACCAGCAGGCCUACGACAAAGGCAGCUGGCUUCUUUCAGGCGAGCUCAGCCUAGAGAACCACCCUCCCUACGGGUCCUUCGCGUCCCAUCCUGUUGUGGAGAGCUACGAGGCCCCCCACACGAAGCUGAUAGAUGGCAGAUGGUUCGAUCUGAUCGUCUCCAAGCUGAAGGGCAUCGCCACUUUUCAGGAGCAGAAGAUCAAGUUGGCCCCGCAGAGGGGAAAAAGAGGCGAAGAGCUGACCGACGAGAAAGAGAAGGAGAAGCCAAAGAAGCCGAAACCAGGGAAGGGAGGGGGAAAGAAGGGCGACAAGAGCGCCAAGGCUCAGGCGGAGCGUUGUUGGGGCGAAGACUCCAAUGUUUUGAGCUCGACUGCCGAGCUGAAUGUGCAUGAAGGCACAAGGGUGCCUGGCGCUGCGGCUCCUACUUGCAAUGUGCUGCAGCUCUGGAAUUCGAUGGCGAGAUUGCUUUUGGCUUCCUCAUCAAAUUUUGCAGUUUUCCUGAAGUCCCUGCUUGGCGCAACACCUCCCGCAGAGGGAGGCACAGCCCAGUCACUUUGGCCCAUGUCUCUCCCAUACCCAGAGGUGUGGAGACCCGAGCUCAGCAAGAAAUGGUGUUCUUUGGCCAGAAGAGCAAGGAAGAAGUCCGUCAACCUGGUGGUUGCUCUGCUCAACUGGCUGCACAUGAGUCGGCCUACACGAGCUCCUGCAGCUUUAGCUUUGGGCUCUCGCCUGUCCAAGAAACAGUGGCGGGUAGUAGAGCACUUUGAGAGGCUCAUGGCUGAUGUUGCUGAGAGCGGAGACAUAGACGCAGCGGCGAUGGGUCGCUCGGCAGCCAAAGUGGAGGGCUUGGAUGAGAUUUUGAUUGAUUUGCAGCGGCAGGCCGUCUCUUGGACAGAGGCGGGGUAUGAACAUCGUUGGCGAGCCCAGAGCGGCGUUUGCACUGCUCGGCCUUGGGCCGCUGGUCAUUGUCUAGCAGACCCUGGCGUUGUAGUUGGCAAGCUUAAGACAGGAGCACCCGUCCUGGCGAAGUCUGUGGACGCUACUAGGCUUUCUGUCCCAAACCAACCACCUGAGUUUGAUCCCAGCGUUUUGUUUGGCUUUCCCCACAAAGAGGUUUACGUUGAUCCAGUUGCUAGAGCUAUGGAACCUGCAUCGGCUGUUGAAGCUCCUCCAAAAGUAAGAGUUCACGCUUCUAGGGAUCAAGCUUUGCAGUUUGUCAAGUUCCUGGAUGACCGGGGCCUGCUGACUUUAGCUCCAGCUGAAAAAGUUCGGCGUUCUCAUCUUUGUGGUGCUUUUGGUCUGGUGAAAGAUUUGCACAAGGAUCGACUUAUUCUUGAUGCUCGUCCUGCCAACAUGUUAGAAGACACCUUGCAUACUUGGGGUCCAUUUUCUUGCGGUUUGAUCAUUGAUGACAUCAUCUUUGCAGAACAGUUGAAAGCCCCGCCUUCCAGUAGUGCGCCAUCGGGUGCCUCGCGGCGGCUCUCCGCUAUGUGUGCUGAAUAUGAGCGACACCAGUUGCGGGCUCACCCGGGGAAGACCUUCCGAGAUCAGACCCGAGCUGAGUUCUGGGGAGCAGCUGUGGAUGGAAAGCAAGGUCUGGUCAGGCCUUCUCCCAAACGGCUUGUGCCGCUGUUGUCACUGACCUCAAGGGUGGCUGCUUUGGGUUUUGCUACAGUAGCUCUGCUUGAGAUUCUGGCAGGAUGUUGGGUCAAUGUUUUGCAAUAUCGUAGAAGAGCCCUCUGUUUGUUAGAUAGCAUCUACACUGCUCAACUGGAUCGGUGCCCUGACGAUGUCGUUCGCUUGGCGCCCUGCCUGGUAGAUGAGCUCUGGUCGCUAGCCAUUGUGGGCCCCAUUAUAGCUUCUGACUUACGAGCCCAAUCUAUGCCAAAGGUGUUUUUGUCAGAUGCGUCUGAGACGGCGCAAGCUGUGGUGGCGGCCGAGGUUCCUCAACCUUUUGCUCGAGAGCUUCAGCGGCAUUGCCUUAGUCGAGGAGGGUGGAGUAAGCUGCUGUCACCUUGGAAAGUUUGGCUGAAGUCGCAUGGGAAACUAGAGGAGGCCGAAGAGAUGCCGUCUGGCGUGCCGUUGGUCUCUCAUCCUCUCUGGCUGCAGUUGGCCAGAUCUUUGCAGUUUGAGAGCGAGCUCUUUGAAAGAGUAAGGAAGCGGAAGCACAUAAACUUGUUGGAGCUGGAGAUCAUUUUGAAGUUUGAGCGACAGCUCGCCUUGGAGCAUCAAGAUGUGAGGUACAACCUGGCGUCAGACAGUCAGGUUACCUUGGCUUGCCUUGUCAAGGGGAGAUCAAGCUCCCCGCAUCUGAAUAGAUUGCUGCAACGCAGCCUACCCAGUCUGCUUGGCAGCGGCAUCUACGGAGGCUACGGGUUCAUCCCUUCACUGGCCAACGUUGCAGAUGACCCCACGAGGGAACAUGAAAUCAGAGCGCCAGUUGCCUCUCCUCCAGAAUGGCUGCUGGCAGCGUUUCACGGGCAGUUUGAGGCUUUAGACGUUUGGCUUGAAGAACGCGGUUAUGAUCCUUUAGCUGUAGCUGAGCUUCCGUUUGCUGAAGGUAGGGCAGUUUCUAGGAAGGUGUUAGCUGAGGAUUUCAUUCCCCAGCUUAGAGCUGUGCAGAAGCCAGAGUCCGUACAAGCAGCCAUGGCUAGAUCUUUGGGAGCAUUGCCCGAGCUGAGUGAGCAUGCAAAAGAACUCCUGCGUCACUUCCCUCGUGCACAGUUUUUUGCGCCCGGGGGCAGACGAGCUGGGGCUGACUUCAAGCCCGCCUGUCAGGGAGUCCUGGAUUUGUACUCUGGCGCUUCCGGGGUUGCGCGCUACAUUAGCCGAAAAUACGGCGUUUGGGUCCUGACCAUUGACUAUGAGCAUGGGCCAGGGCAGAAUUUGCUUGACACUGACCUCCAAGCACGGCUGAUGAGCUGCUUAGAGGCUGGGUGUUUCGCUGCUGUAGGCGCGGCUCCGGACUGCAGUAGCUUCUCCAGGGCUGUGACCCCUGCCGUGCGUGAUGCAGCAAAUCCUUUUGGGCGGCCUGGCAUUUCGGCAAACAUGCAGGAGAAGGUGGCCAGGGGAAACCAGCAUGCUCUUUUUAUUUUUUCAGUUGUGCAGUUUUGUGAUAGGAAGGGGAUACCCUACUGGGUUGAGAACCCUGAUGGAAGUUUCCUUUGGCUUUUACCCUACUGGGUUGAAUCCUCUUUGGGGAGCUGCUCCUCCUCCUAUCGCUUUGACCAAUGCCGGUUUCAUGCACCAUGGCGCAAGCGCACCAGAGUUGCUACCAACACUGACCUUGCGGGGAUCCGCGAGCUGUGUCAGGGAGGCCAUCAACAUCAAAUACUCAGAGGGCGCAGCAGCGCUCAUGCUUGCAGCUGGACACGGGUUGCUCAAACUUACCCCCGCUCUCUUUGCCGGCGACUGGGUGAUGCGUUGAUGCGGGGAGUGCGGCGCCAAGUGCAGAAGCUGGACAUUGCGGGCUGUGCGCGGACCUUGCAUGCCCGCAUUGGCGAGGCCUCUCAUCCGGGCCCACGCCAUGCUGCGCCGCUGCAGCCCCGAGAUCCAGCCGCUCUGGCAGAUGUUCGCCUUAUUGAACCGAGCACUGCCGCGCGUCAGGAUCGAAUGCUUGAAGAACUUGGUGCUUGGCUGCGCGCCCGGCUCAGCGAGGAGACUAUCAACCAGCUCUACCUCUGCCCUGCUCUUGCUGUUUCUGUUUUGAAGACCUAUGCCUUGCAUUUGUUUGCGAGUGGUCGCAAGCUCUAUGAACUCCGCUACACACUCAUUGCUGUGCAGCAUAGAUACCCUCAUUUGCGCUCUUCUAUGGCCCCAGUUUGGGCGGUGGUGUCAAAGUGGGAAUUGUAUCAGCCUCUACAGCAUCGAAAACCUCUCCCAGAGUUGCUCUUCAAAGCGAUGUUUGUGCUAGCUUGUUUGAAAGGGUGGACAAGAUGGAGUGCUUCGCUGCUUCUGGGUUUUGAGGGCAUUGCAAGGAUCGGAGAAAUUUUGGCAGCUCGCCGUCAUGACUUGCUACUCCCCAGUGAUUUAGCUGAGACUGAGUCGGCCGUUGCCUUCUUGAAGAUUCGCUUGCCCAAAACCAGAUUUCGCGGUCGAGGCCGUGUUCAGCAUUUGAAGAUUCGCCAUGCUGCCAGUCUCCCCUUUCUUGAGCGAGUUUUUGGAGCUUUGGACCCCUGCUUACCUUUGUUUCCUUUGUCAGCCCAUGUUUUUCGGAAACGCUGGGAUUUACUGCUGGAUUUGCUGCAAAUUCCUGGGGCACAACGCCCUACACCUGCAAGCAUUAGAGGUGGCGGUGCUAUUCUGGCGUAUCGCCGUGGCGAACCGAUAGCUGACAUUUUGUGGCGAAUGCGGUUGGCGUCCCAGCCGACCUUGGCUUCAUAUUUGCAGGAGCUGGCCGCAGAGAGCUUGCUGGCUUUUCUGGCUCCCACAGUGCGUCAGAACAAGAAGGAAGAACGGCUGAUGGCAGAUGAGCAGCUUGGCUCUGUAGGGAUGGGUGGAAAGUCUUGCUCCCCGAAAUUCAGGCUUGCACACUGUGAUGCAGCUGAGUAA